UGGCGACGGUGAUUCCCCAUAAUGGGAGGGUAGGUGAGUUUGAACCGCAACCCUUCUCUAGGGAGGACCACUGAGGUAUAAAUAAAGGGGUGGACAUCACCACUGUGAUGUUCAGUGUGUCCAAUAACACUUGUUUCCUCUGAUAAAUGUAUGUUAUCCUGUUGUGAAAAAGGACAGAAAGUCAAAUAGCUGGCUUUCCCAUCCAUGUGCGUUCUUCCCUCUGGUCUUGGCUGUAUGCUAGUCACAUGACUAGGCUAGGGCGGCUAACCUUUCUACCGCGAAGAGUGUUGAAGCGAGCUGUCAACAUUUCAUUCAUAAACUGCACCGUUAACAGGUUUACAUUGUGAUAUUUUCUGCCUCUCAGGCUUUCUCCUGUCAUAAUGGAGCGGAUGAGGGGUGGGCAUCACACCCAGUUGGGCAUGGCAUGAGACAGACAUACACCCUGGGUGUCUCUGUUACCAUCCUGCACCCACCCCCACCAAAAUGGCCUCCAGCUACCCACCCCCAUUCGAGGGCACAGGGGAGGUGAAGGAGGGCUUUCUGUGCCCGCUGUGCCUGAAGGACCUGCAGUCUUUUUACCAGCUCCAGGAACACUACGAGGAGGAGCACUCUGGGGAUGAUCGACAUGUCAGGGGACAACUCAAGAGUCUGGUCCAGAAGGCUAAGAAAGCCAAAGACAAGCUGCUGAAGAGGGAUGGUGAAGACAAGCCAGAGACGGGCAGUUAUGAGUCCUUCUACUACGGCGGAGUGGACCCUUACAUGUGGGAGCCUCAGGAGUUGGGAGCCACAAGAAAUCAUAUGGACUUUUUUAAGAAGCACAGAGCUGCCCGGAUUGACCACUAUGUCAUCGAGGUCAACAAGCUCAUUAUCAGGCUGGAGAAACUGACAUCUUUUGACAGGAUGAACAUAGAUGCAGGCAAAAUUAGAGGGAUUGAGAAGUCUGUUGUGGCGUGGGUGAGCGACUCUGAUGUUCCGUUCUGUCCCGACUGCGGGAACAAGUUCAACCUUCGCAACAGGCGACACCACUGCCGCCUCUGUGGCUCCAUCAUGUGUAGGAAGUGCAUGGAGUUUGUGCCCCUAACUUUGGCUUACAAGCUGACCAGUGGGACUCGGGAGGCCCGUAGUGUUACGGGCAGCCAGUCCCAGUCCCCUCCAACAGGGGGCGGGGGCAAUGUCAGCGGGAUGGGCUCCAGGAGGGGCAGCAUCAGCAGCCUGAGCAGUGUCACCUCAAUGCUGGAAGAGAAGGAUGACGAGAGGAUCCGCUGCUGCCUCCACUGCAUGGACACCCUGAUGAAGAGACAGCAGAAACUGGAGGAGAAAGACCACGUGCCUGACAUUGUCAAGCUCUAUGAGAGGCUGAGACUGUGCAUGGACAAGGUGGAUGAGAGGGCUCCAGAGUAUAUCAGAAUGGCUGAGUCUCUCAAUGCUGGAGAGACCACUUAUAACCUGGACACGGCUGGUGGACUGAGAAUGGAAGUCCAGAAAUACUACGAACUGAUCGAUGCACUGAGUAAGAAGAUCUUAACACUGGGAAUGAAGGAGGAGCCACAACCCCAUCAAAAGACUCUCCAGCUGCAGAGGAUGGUCAGAUACACAGCCACACUGUUUGUCCAGGAGAAGUUGCUGGGUCUGAUGUCACUACCCACUAAGGACAAGUAUGAGGACAUAAAGGAGAAGAGGAAGCAGGAGCAGGAGAAGAGGCUCAUGGAGGAGAGACUGAUUGCCCAGGUGGCCCAGAAAAGGAGGCAGGACUCUGAGAAGAACCGCCCAGCUGCCAGCACCAAUGGGGAGGCUCCCCAGGCCCCCAGGCCCCCCCGCAUGACCAAAGCUGGGGGAUGGCUGCCCUCUUCUGAUACCCUCCACACGUGCGGGGAGCUGGAGGACCCCCUGCUACAGCAGAUAGACAACAUCCAGUCAUUCUUGCGGCAGGCCAAGGCCGCCCAGAGGCAUGACGAAGUGGCCAUGCUGGAGGAGAACCUCAGGCAGCUGCAGGAUGAGUACGACCAGCAACAGACCAGCUUGGCCAUCGCUCUGUCCCAGAGGCUGGCGCAGGAGGAGAGUCUACAGCAGGACGAGCUGCAACGCCUGGAGGACAGAGAGAGGGGGGAGAGGGAGCACAGGGCCCAGAGCCAAGCCCCAGGAUCCCAGGCCACAUACACCUGGCAGGGCUCACUGAACCUAACCGAUAUAGGGAGCCUCCAUGGGGAGGAAGAGGUGACACCUAAAGCAGAGAGCAGCCCCCUGUCCAUGAGGGCCUUCCCUGCCCUGACCGACCAGGAUGAGGAGUCACCCCCCCGGCUGAGGAGGCUGGGGGGAGAUGUGACACCUCCUGGUGGCGAGGGACAGAACAGUUCCUCCCUCAACCCCUUUGAGGAGGAAGACUCCACCCCUGUGGAGGAUCCUUCUAAUCCGUUCUUCGAGGAGAUCCAGAAGGAGCACAAUGAGGUGGCUAACGGGAAGAAGGAGUACAACCCGUUUGAGCAGGAAGAGGGUGGGGAGGAAGAGCAGGGGCAGGCCGAGGGCGCCACUGGCAACCCUUUCGAAGUGAAGGAGGAAAACAAUGAAGGUAACCCUUUUAAAGAGGCUUCUGGGUGUACCCCGCCGGGAGCCUCGACCAAUCCCUUCGAGGGGGAGGAUGAGGAGGCGAUGCCGGAUGUUGACGUGAUUGAGGAGGAGUUGCUGCUGCAGCAGAUCGAUAAUAUACGGGCGUACAUAUUUGAUGCCAAGCUCAACGGGAGGCUAGACGAGGUAGAGCUGCUGUCGGAGAACCUGAGAGAGCUGCAGCGCACGCUACAGGAACAGAAGAGCAAGACACACUGACAGACAACUCCCUGUCUCUUUCUCUCAUACCCCCAUACCAUUACCUGACGCGUACAACAGGGCUGCCCACCCAGGGCUAGAAGGCUACUCCUGAGACGACGGUAGUUCCCUUUAAAUGACCAAUGAUCUCAUUGAUACUAGGUUGUGUUAGGUGACGGAAUCACCCAGCGCCACCCUUGGUGAGUAGCCCUCCAGAGCCAGGGUCCAGAGGGUGCAUCUCAGUCUAUACUCCAAUAGCCUAUACUCCAUCUGCACUGAUGUGAAUAAAAUGCAUAUAAUAAUAGCAUUAUUUCUUUGCCGAUCCUGAUUGCCCUACCAAGUGCAGGUCAAGGAGAGGAAGCAUCUACAGACUUGAGGCUUUCUCAGGUUUUGACAGCCAAGCCACUAGAAGGAUGCCGACCACGAGAUGCAUUUAGGUUGUGUUUUGAUUUUCUCACUCCCGUACUUACUAAUAACACUCUCACUCUAUAAAGGUGUCUUUUAGGAGCCCAGGUUGGUUUUUAUUAUAUUUGUAUGGUAAGAAGCACAAGGGCAGAGUAUCAUCACUUACGGGCAGAGUAUCAUCACUUACAGACGGAUGUCUGUAUUCGGCCACUGGAGAGAGGAUUCAAGGGGUCAUAAGGGAGGUUAUUUGAAUCCAGACAUCGAUCUGUAGUCCUGCUACACAAUAGAUAUCUUAUGUAGAAUCAGGGUUCCAUUCAAGAUCACAUGGUUUUGAAAACAUUCACUCAAGGGUUGGGCGAUAUGAGACCUACGACUUGCUACUCCAAAUACUGCGAUAGCCGAUAUAAUUGAUUCGCACGUUAAUGACCAGAUAAUUCCAGACUAUGCCAUUUUUGUCCUGAUAUUGUAUUUAAUCACAUCGGUCCAACCUUGGUUUACUCUGAAUAGUUUAAAAUGGCAGCUGUGAGUGUCAUGAAAACGUGUUGUCUGCACACAAAUGCAGCCCUGAAUACUAAGCAUGUCUAACCUGUAACCGCUACAUUUGUCAGAUCUUCACAUACAUGUUUGUAGGGGAGUGGAAACUCAUUGCCGUUUGCACAUAAUCUUUUUUCUCGGUCUUCUGUCAUCCCUGGGGGUCGUGACCACUAGAAAGAAAAUGUUGAACAAAACAUGAGCGAAACCAACAAACUGUUUUUGAAAUCCUACUUUGACUCCUUCAGUUUCUGUAAGCUGGUUUUGUGUCUGUUGAAGCGCAGGAUAGAUGCAUUAGCUUUCAGUGUGUUUACAUCACUAAGAGGCACUUCAGCAGUGGUCCAAAGUAGGCUUUCAAAGCUGAUAUUGUCCUAGUCCUGUCUCAUGCUGUUUCUCUAACGUGUCCUAGUUCUCCUACUGUUCUCUCUUAGUGCACUGAGGGUCAGAAUCUGUCCUGCUCUGAACAAAUCUAAAGCUCUUUACAGGGUAAAAAAAAACCCAUCCCAUUUACUUUCUCUUAUGCCAAGCCUGGUUCAGAAUAUUGGCCUUUGUCAUCCUUAUUCAAUAGCUGUCUAGUCUUGUAACUUCAGUCUGUAUUUAGUGUAUUUAUGCAACUGAUUCAGCAAAGUCUUUCUUGGCAUCACUUACCAUUAACUCAGAACACCAACAGUUGAGCUGUUUAGGUCGGAGGCACAUAAUAGGUUAAUUUACCCAGAGUGCUCUGCUUGGCACCUAUAUCUGUCACCGCAUCAGCCUGCUUUGAAUCCAUAAGGUUGUGGCAACUUUAGGAUAUAAGACUAUCUUGAUUCAUAUUUUAAAGAUGAUUUACCUAUGACAAUAGAUUAACACUAAACCUAUUCCACUCUACCAAGUAUAAUUUAUACUGUUGGCAAACUCCUGUGUCACCUGUUGAAUAAGUACUUUGAUGUAUCCAAGUACUGGUUUGCUUGCCUUGCAAAGUAUACAAUAGUACUUGUCAUUUUGAACUAAAGCAGUAUUGUGUUCGCUGUAAUCGAUCACGCACCACUAACUCUCAGCUGUGUUGCAUCUAAACCAAACAUUUUCAGACAUGAAUAAUGUAUUUGUGGCAAAUGUGAAUGAACAACACUAAUUAAAGACGUGACCUAUGUGAACAAUA